ACAGUCGUACUUGAUUCCCGUCUACCGAUGCUCUUCCUUUAUGGUUUCUUCCCCUAUAAACAAAUCACCACUCUAAGCAAACAACAGAGCUUUCUACCCUUCUUAUCUUUACCGAUUCCCUCAAUACCAUAACCAAGAAGAAGAAGAAGAAGUAGAAAAUGGUAAAAUACAGCACCUCAAUGGCUUCUUCUCGGUUUCUCUUUCUCCUCUCUUCUCUCAUCUUAAUCUCAUCAUCAACACCAACACCAGCACCAGCAACAGCACCAACAUCAACCAUCACCAUCCCUCUAUCAGCUCCUAGCUCCACCAAGCUGAUCAUAUCCUCAAAAAAUCCAUGGGGAGCACUCAAUCACCUCGCUUCCCUAUCUCUCUCAAGAGCCCACCACAUCAAGUCCCCAGAAACCAAAUUUUCUCUCCUCAAGACCCCUCUUUUUCCACGUAGCUAUGGAGGCUACUCCAUCUCUCUCAACUUUGGUACGCCUCCACAGACAACCAAACUUGUCAUGGACACCGGUUCUAGUCUUGUUUGGUUUCCUUGUACUUCUCGCUAUCUUUGCUCAAGAUGUGACUUCCCAAACAUUCAAGUAAAAGGAAUCCCAACAUUUAUACCAAAACUAUCAUCCUCUUCAAAUCUUAUUGGUUGCAAAAACCACAAAUGCUCAUGGCUUUAUGGCCCCAAAAUUCAGUCUAAAUGCCAAGAAUGUGACCCCACUACUCAAAACUGCACUCAAUCCUGUCCACCUUAUGUAAUUCAAUAUGGUUUAGGCUCCACAGCUGGACUCCUACUAUCUGAAACUCUCGAUUUCCCAGAUAAGAAAACCAUACCCGGUUUUCUUGUCGGUUGCUCCCUUUUCUCCAUCAGACAACCCGAAGGGAUUGCCGGGUUCGGUCGGAGCCCCGAAUCACUCCCUUCACAACUGGGUCUCAAGAAAUUCUCGUACUGCUUAGUAUCUCACGCUUUGGAUGACACUCCAGCAAGCAGUGAUCUUGUUUUGGAUACCGGGUCAGGUUCGGAUGAUACCAAGACCCCAGGGCUUAGCUACACACCCUUUCAAAAGAAUCCAAUCGCUGCAUUUCGGGAUUAUUACUAUGUAUUGCUGCGUAACAUUGUCAUAGGGGACACACAUGUUAAAGUGCCUUACAAAUUUCUGGCCCCUGGAUCAGAUGGUAAUGGAGGGACGAUUGUGGACUCAGGGACAACAUUCACAUUCAUGGAGAAGCCAGUAUAUGAGUUAGUAGCUAAGGAAUUUGAGAAGCAAGUGGCCCAUUAUACAGUAGCCACUGAAGUUCAAAAUCAGACUGGUUUAAGGCCUUGUUUCAAUAUUUCUGGCGAGAAAUCAGUUUCUGUCCCGGAAUUCACUUUUCACUUUAAGGGUGGAGCUAAGAUGGCAUUACCUUUGGCAAAUUAUUUUUCAUUUGUUGAUUCUGGAGUUAUAUGCUUGACAAUUGUGAGUGACAAUAUGAGUGGUUCGGGAAUUGUAGGUGGACCGGCCAUUAUUUUGGGGAAUUAUCAGCAGAGGAACUUUUAUGUAGAGUUUGAUUUGAAGAAUGAGAGAUUUGGGUUUAAGCAACAAAAUUGUGUAUCGUGAAUUGGUUCAUUUGUCCUAUGAUAUAAUAUAGUUUGGAAAAGAGAAAUAAUUAGCAU